GAGAAGGCAUAUAAAAUGCGAAGGCUUCGUCUUCUUCCUCCUCCUUACCUGGCUGCCAGAGGGGAAGAGGAGAGAGGAACACGGGGCAAGGGGCGUCCGAAAUUUCCUCCGAUUCCAUUUGCUGCGAAAUCUCUGCCUCGAAGAAUCCAUUCUUCUACUUGAUCUGUAUUUCUUCAGGAGGAGGCGAGAAGCGGACUUUUAAUCUGGAAGGUGAACUGGAGGGCACAGAAACGCGAGGUAUUUUCAGCUCGUUGGAAAGAUGGAGAAGGAGGCGAGGAACCAUUACCACACGCGGGGCUCCACGCGCGGCGGCGGCGGCACGGCGGCGGAGCGCGACCUGCUUCUGCAGUGGGGCAACCGGAAGCGCCUGCGCUGCGUCAAGGUGCCGCGCCGCGACGUCGAGGCCGCAGCCACCGCGGCUGCCGAGAAGGCGGCCGUCGGCCAGCGCCGCGCCGCAGCGGCAGCAGCAGCUGCAGCCGCGCAGCACCACCCAACCGGCCACGCCCACCACCGCGUCCUCAGGAACUCGGAAGAGUUUGCAGAUAUGAAGUCACCAGCACAACAACAACAGAACAACGAGAUCAGCACGGUUGCCUCACCAGACAGGGAGCGCCCUGGCAGAGGUAACAACAACAACGGAGUUCCACCGGCCUUUCCAGAUGACAAGAAAGGCUCUUCAUCAGGGAGUGAUGGGUCAAUUUGGCCGAAGUUCGCAAUCACCCUGACAAACAGAGAAAAAGAAGAGGAUUUCUUGGUGUUCAAAGGAUCCAAGUUGCCUCAAAGACCCAAAAAAAGAGCCAAAGUCAUCCAGAGAACUGUCAAUUUUGUAUGCCCAGGAACGUGGCUAUGUGACUUGACUCUUGAAAGAUAUGAAGUUCGAGAGAAGAAGGUUUCCAAAAAGCGCCCCAGGGGAUUGAAAGCUAUACACGACAUGGACAGUGACUCGGAAUAAAAAGAUCACUGAACAUGAGAAGCUGAAUAUUAGAAAGAAGGCCAGCACAGAUCCAAUGAUGAAGAUCGACGGUGAAGUGUUUUGAUGGAACGAUUGAAAGCUAUGCACGACAUGGACAGUGACUUCUCACACUAUCUUCUGAAGAUUAAUUUCUUCCAAAAUAACUUCUGGAGAUCAGGAAUAACCGAAGUGUGGAAAGCUGCACAGAAGAGCACAGAGGGGAUGCAGGAGCAGGAAUUUUUUAAGCCUGCUUUUGUUAUUGUGAACGUUAGUUGCUAUUCACUUUUCCCUGUAAAGAAGCGACGCAUUUCUGCAAGGCCCUCUAUUAAUACCACUCGAGUACAUUUUGCAUGGUCAUUUGUCAAAGUAAUCCCAAAGCCAGUCCAGCUGGAUGUGUGGUUUGCCCAGUGUCGGUCAAUAACACUUCACAUGAAUCUGAAAGGGCCUCCAAUAAUUUGUUCUCUUGGUGCUGUAAAGGUUCAGUGUAAAUCCAGUUAGGAGGAGCAUCAGACAAUGUCAAUGUCAGCUGAUAAGGCGACACAAAUUAUUGGACCUCUUCUUUGAUUACAACUCCGUUAUUUGGGUGUAUCAGAUGGAACCCAUGGGUCUCUAUACGCAGACAUACACGCCCACGACUUAAAUAUACUGUGGAACUUGCAAA